AGAUGGCGUCGACGCACGGCUAAAAAAACGCAAAGAGGGACAUUUUUCUCAGAUAGAAAAACAGACCUCAAUUUCACGAAAAGCGGAUAGCAAGGAAUUGGUUCGGAGAGCAAUUGGUGGGUGGGGUGUUAGUUUUUGUUGUCCCCCCUAUCAUCAUAACUAUUGGGGAAGUGGAGUGUGGAUAUGCCAAAGCCAAAACACAACUUUACUCGGCACAUGCGUUAUUCUCACUGUGCGAGGAAACCGGGAACGGGAGCCGGGUCCAAGGCCAAAAUGCAAAUCUACUCAAACAGGAACGCAAACCAAUCGAAUCGAAUCGUCCAAGACGCGGUCAAUUGCAUUGCCUUGCCCGCGGGUAUCAUUGUCGAUCCAUCGCCCCUCUCCCGUCCGCGCCUCCAUCUUUCUUCUCCUCCUUCUCUUCGUCCCCGAACCUUAUUUAUGCCCCCGGCGGCCGCGGCCGCGGCCUCCCUCCCCUGACGGACGGAGAAAAGAUCCCGAGCACCUGCACCACCACCAGCACCACCUCCGCCGACCAACUUCCCAUUUCGAAGAAGCCCACCCGAGCCUAAACAAACCGAAAAGGAAAGAAGGAAAGGCGGGCGGCAGGUGCGUGCGUCGGCGUCGGCCGCGAGAAUUUAGCACCCGCCGCGCCCGUGCCGAGGGAGAUGAGAUGAGAUGAGAUGGGCAUGAGGUGCUGCAAGAGGCACCCGUCGCAGGCCGGCGGCGGCGUCUGCGCCACGUGCCUGCGGGACCGCCUGCUCGUGCUCGCCGCCGCGCAGAACGACGCCUCGUCGCCGUCCACUCCUCCGCCCGCCGCUCACCCUCCGGCCGCGGCCCCGGCCCCGGCGUUCCCAAGGUCCGUGUCGCCCUACGUGUCCCGCAGGAAGUCCGACUCCUCGGGCGGCGCGCUCAGGCACCACCACCCGAGCCUGCUCUUCUUCCGGACGCCGCAGGUCGGCCCAGCCUACGGCGGCAGCGCCCCGCUCGAGGAAGGCGACAUCGGGUACCACAAGCCGCGCGCCGGCAAGUUCUCCCUGCUCUCCACGCUCUUCGGGAACCACCACCACCGCCACCACGGGUCGGAGGACAAGGACACAGCCAAGGAGCGCAAGAAGAGCCGUUCUUGGCUCGUCGGGAUCAUCCCGCGCCGUCGCAAAAAACAGGUACCGGCCGACGCCGUGCUACCCGCGUCGCCGCCGCCCAGGCGCUCCUGCCGCGUGGUCAGCAACCGGGGGCUGUCGCCGGAGAGGGGCAGUCAGGGCAGCGGCGAGGAGAGCAGCUCGCCCGCUGAACCCGCGUGGCGGCCGUCACCUUCCCCGAUGCGGAGGACCCCGUGCCGGCGCCGCCAGACCAACAGCAUGCCUUCGGGACUGGCCGUCUGCCUCAGCCCGCUGGUGCGGCCAAGCCCCGGGCGCCGCCACCGCGCCGCGCAGCCGCCGGACCCCGGCUCCUUCUCCUCCGAGCUGCGGCCGUCGCCGCUCCACAGCGCCGCCUCCGUUGGCCGCUGCCGCUCCAGGAAGCUCGCCGACGGCGGUCGCUUCCGGUGAUCUCUUCUUUUUUCUUUCUUCUCCUUGAAUUUUCUUUAGUCUUCCUUCAUCACCCGAUCCCAAUUACUACCACCCUUAGCUUUCUGUGGAUAUUUUUAUUGUUUACAUCUUGUCCAUUUGUGAAGAUGAGUCCGUGAGAUUUCAUACUCGGAGAACACUCCGUUGACAUAUAUACUACAACCACUAGGUUAUUACUCC